AUGUCGCCUCAAACUGAAAAGUUAAAGAAGCUUGAGCGUGAAGCAGAAGAAUCCUUUGUGUAUCUAGCUUCAGAUGAAGAGUCUUCAACUUUGAGAAGCGUAGAAGAUAUCGAGGUCAAACCACGCCAAGAACAAUUGGAAAAGCCUGCGCCUGCAAAGUGGGUCCACUUUGUAGCAGGGGGAGUCGGUGGGAUGACUGGAGCUGUGCUUACUUGUCCCUUAGAUGUGGUGAAGACUAGACUUCAAAGUGAUGACUACCAUAAGCUAUACAACAAAACACCCAAAUCAAGGAAUCCUGUGAUACAAGCUGGGCAACAUUUCAAGGAAACGUGCUCCGUGAUACGUCAACUUUACGUUAACGAGGGCACUAGAGCCCUAUUCAGAGGGCUUGGACCCAAUUUAGUUGGUGUCAUCCCAGCUCGUUCGAUCAAUUUUUUCACGUACGGGUCUACCAAGGAGUUUCUUUCAUCUAAUUUUAAUAAUGGUCAGGAGGCUACUUGGAUACAUUGGGCCGCCGGAAUAAAUGCAGGUAUCGUCACAUCUACUGCCACAAACCCCAUCUGGUUGAUUAAGACUCGGUUGCAGUUGGAUAAGACUAAGGGAAAGCACUACAAGAACUCUUGGGACUGUUUGAAGUAUAUCUUGAAAAACGAGGGUCCAUUAAGUUUAUAUAAGGGGUUAUCAGCUUCGUAUUUAGGUGGGAUUGAAAGUACUUUGCAAUGGGUGUUGUAUGAGCAGAUGAAAUCAUUCAUAAAUAAAAGAGCCCUUGCUUCGGCUCAGAGAGACGGGGGUUCCACGACAAAGUCAACUAAACAACAAGUAUUCGAAUGGUCUGCAAGAUCUGGUGCUGCAGGUGCUGCCAAAUUCAUAGCAUCUCUCAUAACGUACCCACAUGAAGUAGUAAGAACAAGGUUAAGGCAGGCACCGUUGGAGUCCACUGGGAAACCCAAAUACACUGGUCUUAUACAGUGUUUCCGCUUGGUUAUCAAAGAGGAAGGUUUGGCAAGUAUGUAUGGGGGGCUAACACCUCACUUACUCCGUACAGUUCCUAAUUCCAUAAUAAUGUUUGGUACCUGGGAACUUGUGGUUAGGUUAUUGUCAUGA